AUGGACACUCGAAGUUUGCUAGGUGUCCGUAACCGGUGGAAAGCCACUGCAGCCGCGGGAAUCACCCACCUGCCCGCGCUUCUCCGUCCGCUGGUAAUGGAUGGCCAUGCUGUAGUGCGAAGCUGGACACUCCUGUCAUCUUACCAACACCAGUACCCGCCCGGCGCAUGUUCCGCGGCGUGCACAUAUCUGUGGAUGUCGGCAGACUCCAUUUACAGCCAUUUCCACUCUGCUUUCAAGGAUGACUACACAGAGUUCAUGGCGUGCGGGGCUUUGCCGCCAGAGGCCCGCAAACCAGCGGCCUGCCCGCCACGGGGUUAUCGUAGCAGUUCUGCAGGCACACCAGCUGCCGCUGCCGCGGCCGCGGUGGAAGCAGCGGCGGCUCCUUCACCGGCGCCACCCGGCGGGUACGGGUACACGCCAACACCCGCUACAGCCAGCGCCAGCACAUUGCACCAGGGCUGCACGAUUCGUGUCCAGCUGGCGUCGCAACGUGUCGCGCUGGAGGCACAUAUGCGAAAGCUCCGCACAGCGCUCAUCCAGCGCGACGAGCAGGGCUGGAAAGGGAGGCGAGGGGAAACGAAGACGUUUUGGUCCGAAAGUGGAGCUAUGCAGGAUGUCGCACAAAUUCAAAAUUGCCAACUAGCAGGCGACACGCUCAUAACCGAUUCAGGUGUUCCCUUCAGGCCUGGCGUGUACGUUUUCUUGUAUACGCUGGCACGCGAACUCCUCCGCCGUCACUGCAUUAGCGGGAUUCAAACUGCCCAGUUCCCCACAGCAUGCGCUUAUGCUGGUGAUGCUGUCACAGCAGCCGUUGCCAUCGCCGUCAGUGCUGCAGCUGCUGGUCAUGGCGGCCACCGGCUGAGCACCUUGUGGUGGCGGAGCUGCGAGCAUGUGGCAAGAGACAGACAAAGCGCUGGCUGCGGCUCCAUCGACACUGGGACCAGCUUGGUUUGCUUGGCAUGCGCCGCACAUGGUAGUGCGACAGCUGUAGCUGGAGAAAAGCGCUCGCACAGGUGCAAGUUGAAGCUGAUGUUGUAUGAAGGCGGGGACGCGCCGCAGCAACGGCAAGGAGCACAGCACGGGAAUGGGGACUGUAUCUUAGUGACGUAA